AUGGAAUAUAACUGCAGUGCAGAGAGGAGCAACACAGACAAAGCACUCAGUUACUUUGAACGUGUUGCCUACCCACCUGUCUUCAUAGUGGGUCUUUUCUUCAACGUCACAGCUCUGUGUAUCUUCUGCCGCCUCAAGCGCUGGACAGACACGCACAUCUACAUGUUCAAUCUACUGGUGGUUGAUUUCCAAGCCAUUAUUUUUCUACCUUUCAAGAUACUGGAAGCCUUUUGCCCGAUUAAACCCAGUGUAUUGUGUACAUUCCUGCUGUGCACCCAAUACUCCAAAAUGUACAGCAGCAUCUUCACCAUUACAGCCAUCAGCUUUCAGCGAUUCAUAGCCGUCAAGUUUCCGUUUCUGACCAAAGCACUGGCCUCCAGAAGUAAGAUGAUCGCCAUUUCAAAGUGCAUCUUCAUCUGGAUGAUAGUAGUAGUCAUCUGUGCUAGUAACUAUGAAAACCUUCUCCCAGACAAAUUACAGACCUGUUAUGACCGAAAAAUAACAGACAAGCUUGGUUCAAGAUUUUUCUAUCUUUUAGAGAUUUUAGGUUAUCUUAUUCCAGUGCUCAUCAUCAUACUUUGCUCCACACAAACCAUCUACAUCCUGAUCAGAUCCCUUAAGCAUGUCCAAGGCAGGGAUAAAAUGGAAAGGACAAACAUUGCCGCUAUCAUCACUGCGAACAUGUUCACAUUCAUAGUUUGCUUCACGCCUGUUCAUAUUGGUCUUUUGUUGCAAUAUGUAGCAUCAGAUGAAUCACGUGACUUUGUGCAUGUGUUUCUUGAUGUCUCUGAGUGGAUCGCUACUACCAACUGCUGUCUGGAUUCGAUUGGCUAUUACUUUCUGCUGAAAAGAGCUAGUAAAAGGGACACUUGUUCAUACUGA